UAGCAGCCUGGAUAUUAGAGACUCUGCUGGCUAAUGGCUUAAGACUGUACACACAGGAAGCUAGCUAAGCUAAGCUAAGCUAACUUAGCCAGCUAACUGUAAGUCAUGGGAACCCUGCAGCUCAGAGCUAACUACUUAUAACAGGGCUAAAGGACACCUACUGAUUUUUCUGGAAUUAAAUAAGGAAAGAUGAAAUGGACAUAACACGCACUAGACCCUCGCUCUUCAGUGAUAUCGCACAUGGCCUGGGCUUCUGGACAGACCGCUCUGCCGUUCAUGAAGCAGCAGCUCACGGAAGAGUGGCGCAGCUUCAGCAGCUGAUUCAGAAUGGAGCGAUGGUUAAUAUUGUAGCCGUGGACUCCAUCACCCCUCUCCAUGAGGCUUGUAUACAAGGCCAGACACAGUGUGUGAAGCUGCUCUUGGAGGCUGGCGCUCAUGUGGAUGCCCGUAACAUAGACGGUAGCACGCCGCUGUGUGAUGCAUGUGCUGCUGGAAGUCUGGAGUGUGUGAAGUUGCUGUUGGAGUAUGGAGCUGUGGUUAACCCUCCUCUCUUCACCUUCUCCCCCCUUCAUGAGGCCUGCAUGGGGGGUAAUUCGCAGUGUGUGCAGCUGAUGAUAGCCCGGGGGGCGUUCAUGGAGGCCCACGACUGUCAUUUCGGGACUCCUCUUCAUGUGGCUUGUGCCAGGCAGAAUUUAGACUGUGUCAAAGUUCUUCUGAAUGCAGGUGCGAAUGUAAAUGCAGCGAAGCUCCACGAGACGGCCCUGCAUCACGCUGCUAAAGCAAACAAUCUGAAGUUGAUUGAGUUGCUGGUUGAGUUCGGGGGCAGUGUGUUUGCCAGAGACAACCUCGGCAAAAAGCCCAUCCAGUACACCAAACCUGGAUCUCCAGCAGCGCUCUGUCUGGACUUCUAUGAAACUGAACCCCUCAGUCUUCAGCACUUAAGCAGGAUUGCACUCAGAAAAGCACUGGGGAUAAAAGCGCUGGAAGCCCUGCCUCAGCUGGGGCUGCCCAACCGCAUGAUCUGCUACCUCACCUACAUGCCAGCACCACCCACAGACCUGCUGACCAGCUCACAGCUCACUGCGCUCUAACAGUGACCAACUAACUGACUGAAAGUUCAGGGCAAAAAGCCGCUAAACUCUAAAAGUACAUUUUCACACUUUCUGGAAAAGUAAAAGUUUGCAGCUUGUGAAGCACUAAAUCAAAACCAUGCCUUUUUAUAUUUGAUUUAAUAGCAAAAAAAAAUUGUCAUGGAAAAUGUUGCAUUUAUAAAAUGAGGAAGAAGAGACAAACUUCCUAAUUCAAUGGAAGUCAGUUGAAAAAUAUUGUAUUUUAGUUCUCAUUUUGGAGCAUAUCUAUUGGUUCAUUUAUUAUUUAAUUAGGAGACAGUAUAAAAAUGACUGCCUGGUUCAAACAGUCAAAAAGUGAAAAAUGUUCAUAGUAGUUAUAAUUAAUACAAAUUCAAAUAAUCAAAAUGAACGCUGCAGCUUUACAUGAAAAACCAUAUCAGUAUUUUUAUCUCAUCAGUAUUUUAUUCUUAUUUUUUUAUGCCCUUUAUUUUUUCUAAAACUUUAGUCAUGCAAACAUAACUCAUGCUGGUGGUAGCCCUGAUGCAGGUUCUGCAGAUGAUGAUUCACCUCUGAGCACUUUUUUGUUUUGCAGUUGGGAUAAUGUCUUUUAUUGUGACGUUUUGUUCCUAAUCAGUGUUUGAGAUUAUUAAAAUAAGCUGGCACUGAAAAUAAAUGAGGUAAUGUAAAGGUGUAUAUAUGUAUGUACUAAUCAACAUGUACGAUGGUACAUGUACACUUUAGUUUUAUUUAAAUUCACAAUUUUGUAUCAAGGGUUAAAUUUAAUUUAAUUAAAUGUUUAUUAAAUGUUCAUAAUUGAGUUACUUUAUUAUGUAACUACAGUGCUGUGCAAAUGUUUUGAGCGCUUUUAAGAAGUAAAAAAACGAUUAUUUACUCAGUAAAACCCUAAAAGAUAAAUACUGAUAACGUUCACAGUGCAUAAAACUUAUGAACAGUACUGUAUAUGUACUAUAUGGACAAAUUCCAUAAUCUGCUAGAUUUUGGAGAGUUGCUGUAAGAAUUUGACUGCAUACAGUGAUAAAGAGCAUUAGUGAUUGCUAACUCCACAACAUCCCAAAAGUCUUCCAGAGAACACUGUAGGGGGGCUUUUUACAUUUUUACCUGCUAGCCCUUUAAAUAGCUAAAUGCAUUCUUUAAAUGGGGUGUCCACAUUCAUUUGGACAUAUUGUGUGUACAUAUAUGAUAAUACUGUAUAUACUGUCUACAAUGUAAUUUAUUUAAUAAUGGAUUCGAUUCUGUACUGGAAUCCUUAAAAGGAUUAAAAUGUGAUGUAAUCAUGAUUUUUAUUUUUAUUUAGUCAGAGAUGGCCUGUGCCAUCUGAUACAUGCACUUUUCUUUACAUGUUGAAGUCCAUCUGGAAUGGUAUUCAGUGCAUUUAAUGAUGGUUUUAUGCACUUUACAGUUGUCUUUUGUCAGUGGUGCUGUCAAAAUAAUGAAGAACUUUGAAUAAAAAGGAGAAAUAAAGCA